CUCACUACCCAGCUUUAUCAGUUAUCAGCUCAAGGUCAAUCAUGUGCCAUCUGCACCCUGUUCCCCUCAAGCUUUGGGAUAUUUGGAAGCAAAUCCUAGAUGUUACAUCAAUUCAUCCGUAAAGCUUUAGUAUGUUUCUCCAGAAGACAUAAGAAAAAAAAACAAAAAACACUACCACAAUACCAUUAUUACUCCUAAAAAUUCUAACAAGAAUUCCUUAAUUUAAUCAAAUAUCCAUUGUUCAAAUUUCCCCAAUUGUCUCAUUUUUUUCCCCCAUUUAGUUGGUUAAAAUUAGGCUCCAAACAAGGUUUAUGCAUUGCAUUUAUUUACUCUGUCUCUAAAGACUCCCUUUCUAUUUUCAUAUACUUUAUUUGUUGAGGAAACCAGGUUGCUUGGAGGCAUGAGCGUUUGGGAAUAUGGCAGAGAGCCGAGUAUCGCAGCAGGGAGAGCAGGAUAGGGAAGGAUGGGGUGGGUAGGUAAUGGCCAGACAGUGGGGACAUCCAUCUGUGGGAAGGAGGAAGGAUGUAGGGGCCCAUCCCAGGCAGGGAGGAAAGUCAGAGCUGCGGAGGGUGGCCCGGCCCAGGGACCCCUGAGGCCCCGCAGCCGCUGGGGCAGAAGGGAGGUAGAAGGAUGGCCUGAGCCAAGGAGCAGGGGCAGAGCUCAGGUUGGCAAGAGGUCGGGCUGCCCGUCAGGCUGGAGGUGAAGUGAUGGGCGGGGCCUGAGGUCGGGCCUGGAAGGAACGGGAUGUCUGUGCUGCGCAGGCAGGGAGAGGACAGUGCCAAAACCCAGCUCCUGGCCCAUCCCAGCUCCUCCCCACCUGGCCCCAUCCCAGGAGGCCCUCCCUGGCCUCCCAGCUGCAAAUCCACCCUUGGGCCCGGAUACCAGAUCCUUUCACAAUGCUGGUGGUCCGUGGCCUGGAUCCCUUGCUCUGCCUUCUCCUCCUCCUCUUUCUCCUGGACCCUCACAGCCCUGAGUGGGGCCACCCUCCUCAGCGAAGGUUUGAGUACAAGCUCAGCUUCAAAGGACCAAGGCCGGCAUUGCCUGGGGCUGGAAUACCCUUCUGGAGCCAUCACGGAGAUGCCAUCCCAGGCCUGGAGGAGGUACGGCUGGCCCCAGCCAUGCGGAACCGGAAUGGCGCCGUGUGGAGCAGGACCCCUGUCCUCUUCUCUGCCUGGGAGGUGGAAAUGCGGAUGAGGGUGACUGGGCCGGGGCGCCGGGGAGCCCAGGGCAUGGCCGUGUGGUACACCCAGGGCAGGGGCCAAGUAGGCUCUGUCCUGGGGGCGCUGGACUCGGGGGACAGCAUUGGGAUCCUCUUCGACCCCCCGGCUGAGGAUACCCAGAACAGCCCUGCCAUCCGUGUGCUGGCCAGUGAUGGGCACACCCCCUACGAGGCGCUUGGGGAUGGAGCCAGCCGGGUGCUGGGGUCCUGCCACCAGGACUUCCGGAACUGGCCUUACCCCUUCAGAGCACGGAUCACCUACUGGGGGCAGAAGCUGCGUGUGUCCUUGAACAGUGACCUUACUCCCAGCGACCCGGAUGAGGUCUGUGUCGAUGUGGGGCCCCUGCUUUGGGCCCCUGGAGGUUUCUUUGGGGUCUCGGCAGCCACCAGCACCCUAGCAGAUGACCAUGAUGUCCUGUCCUUCCUGACCUUCAGUCUGCGUGAGCCGGGUGCAGAGCCUCCUCCGCAGCCCUUCCUGGAGACAGAGCAGCUCUGCCUGGCAAGGCAGCUGGAAGGGCUGCGGGCAAGGCUGGCCCUGGGCACCAAGGAGGACAUGAUUCCAAAGCCGAACUGUGAAGUCCAGGAAGAGGGGGAAAGACGCUUUGACCUGGAGGAGACACUGCACAGACACAGCCAGAUCCUGCAGGCUCUCCAGGGUCUCUCCAAACACUUGGCACAGGCUGAGAGGCAAUGGAAGAAGCAGCUGGUGUCCCCAGGCCAGGCCAGGCCGGAGGGAGCCUGGGCCCAGGACUCCCCCUGCCAGGUUCUACCCACCCCUGAGAGAGGUGGCCAACUCUCCAGGUCACUUGACUCAGCUAAGGUCAGUGCCCUACUCCGUGGACAGCGGACUCUGCUCCAAGACCUGCAAGAGAUGAGGGAUGCAGCUGCUCACAUGGCCGCAAGAGCCCAGGCCUUCUAUCUGCCUGUGGGCACCAAGCAUCAUUUCUUAGAGCUGGCCCAGAUCCUGAGCCUUCUGCAGAAGGACCUGCGGGGUCCAGUGAAAGCGGCAGCCAAGGACUCCUGCCCACCUGGUCGGCCCCCAGGGGUUUCCUCGUGCCUGCAGCCUGGCAUCUUCCUGUUCUUCCUCCUCAUCCAGACUGCAGGCUUCUUCUGCUAUGUACACUUCAGGUGGAAGCUGGACAAGAACCUUCAGGACUAUUUGUCCAUAGGCAGCCUUCCUCUGAGUCCUGCACCAAAAGUCCCUAGGACCCUGGGGGCUCUGAGGAGGCAGCCCCUCUCCCCCAGCAUACAUGGGUGACCUACCUCAACGCCCUGAAGAAAUGUCCACUUCUCAUCACUAGGAAGUCACUCUAUGUCUGGGAGGUGGAGAGCUUGGCCAGUGUCCUCUGCCUCUGGGUACCCAG